AUGGGGUUAGGUGCUUGCAAGAAAAGGUUGCCAGCAGUCAAUAUGGAAGAAAUGGCAGAAAAGGAGAGACUGAGGAAGGAAGUUGCGCAGCUCCGCAGAGAAGCGGCACUGGAAAGAAUGAAGGUAUCCCAAUGUUGUGAAGACCUGCGGGAGUACGUCCUACAAAAUGCUGCCAAUGACCCACUGCUGAAGGGUGUCCCAGAUGACAAAAACCCCUACAAGGAGAUCAAGGGAGGCUGUGUGAUUUCAUAAAGAAAUAAAGAUAAAAACCCCUGGAAUAUCUUGAGCUUUCAUGACAACAUUCAUUUUUCAUCCUAUGUCAUAGUAUCA